AUGUCAGAUGCAGAGGACGAUGACUUCCCAUUGACACCUCAAUCCAAGCAAUCCCGCGGUUCAUGCUAUGUCGCUAACCCCCCUGUUGGGAUCGGUUCGCCGACUCCAAAUCGGUCUCCCAAUGUUGACGACUCCGACGCUUUCUCUCUUUAUCCCACGAUCACCUCUUUUGAAGAGCAACACUAUUUCGACAAAUUUCUAGGCAGACCCGCCAAUGAUGAGCAUUCACUGGAGACGAUUGGCCAGAGGGUUCAGGAUAUCUAUUGUAGCCAUAUAGAUCGGCUUAGUUCAGACUCUGUCCGAUAUGCUGUUCAUUACAAGGAAGCUGUUCGGGAACGCAAACGCAUGCGCUGGUACACUGCACGCUGGGAGGUCGCGGAAACCCAAAGGCUGCACACCCUCCUCCGCUCCUUAUGUGAUGAAUCAGAAACAGAGUUCAUCAUGGCAGAGCGGGAAUCACGUUGGCUAUUGGACGUCCUUGUUCAACGACAGACAUUGCCUGCUACCACUGCAGAGUCCAAAUAUGUUGCUGCAACCUGCGACAACGACAAGAAAUCGUUUCUUUUGGCUGAUGCUGAACUCGCCAUGGUCACCGAUCAUUCUACCAAGCAGUAG